CAAUCAGAGGGGAGGUGGCGGCGUGAACCGCGGCCAUCAGUUGGUUUGAAAUCGGUCUCGUGUGUACGUCUCGACGACACCAAGGAAAACAGCCACAAUGUCGACCACGGACAAGUCUGUCGCUAACGCUGACGAACAGGUCACGAAGGGAACCAAGAGAGCAGCGGAGGAGGACGCUGACGAUGCGAAGAAGCUGAAGGGGGAGGAGAAUGGAGAGGAGGAACUGGAAGAGGAGGAGUUGGAGCCGGAGGAUGAGGAAGACUUGGGGAAUCUUGAGGAGGAGAUAGACGAGGAGGCUGAAGAAGAGGAAGAAGGCGAGGGUGAAGAGGGUGAGGGCGAGGAGGACGACGAGGAAGACGAUGCAGAGGACGCGUAAGACAGCUGCAGUUGACGACCGGCAAUGCAUCUCCAGAGCCGGGGACCACCUGAGGAUGCCCGGCCGGGGGGCUGCGGGCGAUGGGAUGUGCUCCAGUUUUUAUUGUAUUGUAUUAUAUUUCACGUACCUGUACAGUCAGUGUGAAAGUAGUGUGCGAAUGAGUGAUUGAAGUGCCCCUCGCCCCGCCCCCCCGGCUCUAUGGAGCUCAAGCGUCCUCAACCCAGCAGUGGCGACGCCCGCGCCCACCUGCCGCCCACCUAGCCCCCGCGCGUGUGGCGGGGGCGCGGUGCCCCGGCGCAGACAGGCAGCAAGAGAAGCAGGAGGAUGGGGGCGCGGCACCAGUGCACCCACACCCACCAGUCGCCAACACACCUCGUGUAGUGUCUAUUUUCCAUUGAUACCAAAAGCAAGCAGGGCUCCCUAUUUUAUUUUUCUACAGUGCAUCUCUUCUGAACUGUGUUUUGGGCAGUACAACAUAAUUUUUCAUUCUUUAAUUAAUAGAGUGACAAGUGUCUCAUUUUGUGUGAAAGUCAAUAAAGCUUAAGUUGUCUGUAUAUGUGCUGUCUCAUUUUGUGUUUUCAUCCGCCAAGUUAGUGCGACCAGACGAGACUCACGCUCGGGACUGUCACCACAUUUAUAAUAAAACUGAAAAUAGUUUUA